AUGAUGACGUGGUCUGUGCUGUAAAGCCUUAAUACAAACUUACCAUAGACAACACGUCAACGUUAGCGGUCUCUUUUUUUUUUUUAGCUCAUUUCGUCAACAUUUUGUUGUGUUGAUUGUUAAAACGUUCAACUCCACUGGUUGAAGAUGAGGCGCGCCGGUUUGGGCGAAGGAGGCCCCGGGAAUUAUGUGGCGAGUGGAUACAGCGUGUAUGAGGAGGAGAACGAACAUCUGCAGGAGGGACUGAGAGCCAAAGUCAGCGCUUUGAAAAGUCUGUCUAUCGACAUUGGAACGGAAGUCAAGUAUCAGAAUACAAUGCUGGGCGAUAUGGACACGGACUUUGACUCGACAGGCGGCCUGCUCGGUGCGACCAUAGGCCGAGUGAAGCAGCUGUCCAGAGGCAGUCAGACCAAACUGCUGUGCUACAUGCUUCUCUUCUGUCUUUUCGUCUUCUUUGUCCUGUACUGGUUCAUCAAGCUGAGGUGAUAGGAGGCCGAGUUACUCCCCAGUGUGUGCCGCUCCGAUGAGUCUCAAAACGGCUUAUUCUGUACCCAUUCAAAGUAGUUGAAUUGAAUUUAAAAAAAGAAAUAAAACAAAUUGAGUUAUGAAAUAACUCUGGGGUUCCACCACAUGGUAUCAUCAAAACAUAAGUAAAAUGGAUGAGAGAUUAAUGAGUGUGAAUUAACAUUUUUAUGUAUAUCUGACGCUGGAUGAGACAGAACAGUGAAUGUUUAACCACUGUAGAAGAUGAUGCUGUGUCAAAAACCUUUGAUGCAAUCAGCGGCACGUUAUGAGAUGUGAUAAGAGUGGAUUGGAAAUCUGUCAAUACGUUGUGUUAUAGUGUGUUCUACGUUGCCAUUUGAGGCAAAUAAUUGAGUAUUUUUGCUUUUAACAAUGAAUGGAUGUAUUGCAUCAGUUGGCAACCAUUCAAAAAUGAAUGAGUGUAUAGUUUCAUUUCUGUUAACAUGUUUUUUUUAUGUAAAUAAACACAUUCUAUGAUCUGAA